UAAAUAAAUACUACAAAAUACAAAAUACACAAGAUUUCAAUUCAUUUUGCUACGAAAGUUCUACAUUAAUAUCCUGCAAUUUCACCCGAGAAUACAGGAUUUCCUAGCCCCCAAAAAGCUUUCUCAUUCUUAGUUGUCUCUCCGUUGGAUGUGUGACGCCACUGAUCUUGCAUCACGAUGGCGUCUGAAGAAGACAUCACACCUCGUACCCUAAUCAAAGGACUCUUAGAAGUGAGUAGCACUAGUAAAAGUGCAGGACUGGCUGCGAGAUCACGGAAGAGACAAUCAAACACCACCAGCAGGAUCAAUCAACUCAAGAAGGAAGAGACAAAACGACCUCGCUCAAUCAGCGAUCUCACCCCGCGUACUUUGAUUCAAGGUUUGUUGCAGAACACUGAGGUGGAACAGCAAUCUCCCGCCAAGCGAGGGCGCCCAAACCCUCCUAAUGUGCAGACGACAUCGUCUACCUCAAGUACUCUCCAACAGUCAUCAGCAAAGAGGCGGUCUUCAAGAGUGGAUAAUGUGGCGUUCCCAGAGGUUGACAUGACCCCAAGGACGCUUAUAAGAGGUCUCGUACAAGUUGCUCCUGUUGAGACUCCUGCAGUCCGUGCGAGACGGUCAACGCCUCGUCAGCCUGUUGCUUUCCCUCAAGUAGAGGACGCCAUCCAGAGAAGUUCCAACAGUACCACAUUAUCACCUUAUAUUGGGGAGACGACUACCUUGGCUACCAAACAACGCUCGACGCUAAGGAAAAGACAGCCAAUCAGCAGCGAGGACUUUGCUGCCGGGGUCCAUGAAAGGCUCUCCCAGAGACAAGAAGGGGAGACGGAUGAAAGAGCGGAACUAGUUGGAGAUGGUAGAGGGGGAGUGAGCGAGAGGAAUAUGACAGGUUUCUCGGAGGAGGAGGAGGAGGAGGGGGAAGAAGAAGAAGAAGAGGAGGAGAUGCAAGAGGAGCAUGAUGUGGAGGGGGCUGUCAUGGAUGAUGACGCAUCAGUUGAUCGCGAUGGUGCCUUAGUGGAGGUGGGUGAAGUAGCCGAGGAUGCCAGUGGUUUGUCAGAUGAGGCUGGUGAUAUGGCAAAGGACACUGGAGAUAUAGCGGGGGAUGCUGGUGAUUUGUCCGAUGAGGCUGCUGAUAUGGCAGAGGACACUGGAGAUGUAGCCGAGGAGGCUGGUGAUUUGUCAGAUGAAGCUGGUGAUAUGGCAGAGGACACUGGAGAUGUAGCCGAGAAGGCUGGUGAUUUGUCAGAUGAAGCUGGUGAUAUGGCAGAGGACACUGGAGAUGUAGCUGAGGAGGUUGGUUUGUCGGUUGAGGCUGAUAAAGAAGCUGAGGAGGAUGGUGAUUUUCACAACAAUGCGGAUGGUGUAGCAGAGGAGGCUGGUGAUAUGUCACACGAGGCUGGUGAUUCGAAUCAGAUGCCAGAGGAGAAUGAAUCAGAAAAUGAACAGUCUGGUUCAGUAAUCAACACAUCUCCCACCCCCUCCGCACAAGCAACACCCCUCUCGGAUCAUUCCAUUCACUCCUCAGCCAAUAAGCAGGCAGCCGAUUCCACAUGGACGGGUAGGGAGUCGGAAGCAUCCAUUCCAAGUCAGAGGGUAGGCAGCCCUGGGUUGAUGAGAAGGAUGCCAGAUUCUACAGUGGGUGACUCGGCCAGUGAUGGUGAUGUGGUAACGUCAGACGAGCAACCGAUGGAGUUAUCUUCAGCGGAGAGUGUUGUGGAGCAGCAGACAGUUGCCAUGGCACAGAGCAGCAGAAUGGGUGAUUUCUCACCAUUAGUUACUCCUAGGCUACCUGAAGGUGCUGGACGCCCAACGCCAUUAUUGAAGAAGACGCCUGCACCUGCACGCCAGCAAGCAGCUAACAGGCCACAGGCAUCCGCUUCAGGUGUCCAGAAACCUGCCCCUACAAGAAAGCCCCCAGUCCCCAAGAAAGAUGGUCCCUGCCUACCCUCCAGUCUCACCAAGAGUAUCCUAACGCACUUCUCUAAGGCUAGACUGUCCAAGGAUGCGCUGGCAGCCGCAGAAAAAGGGGCUGAGGCAUUCUUUAAGCGGCUUUCUAAUGAUCUGACAGCUUACAGUCACCAUGCACGGAGACAAACCAUCGAACAAGGCGAUGUGGAAUUGCUUAUGAGAAGACAAGGCCUUGUCCAGGAUCAGCAAUCACUGUAUGCACUGAUUGAGAAGUACCUGCCCCUGGAAUACAGAAAAGAGCUGAUACCAAUGGCCACAGCUGGGAACAAGGUUACACCGAAACCAAACCAUUGAGUGUGGACCUCCUCCUUCCCAAAGGAGAACACAUGGAUAAAUACUACAUGUAUGCACUGGUUGAGAAGUACCUACCCCUGGAAUACAGAAAAGAGCUGAUACCAAUGGCCACAGCUGGGAACAAGGUUACACCAAAACCAAACCAUUGAGUGUGGACCCCCUCCUCCCCAAAGGAGAACAUAUGGAUAAAUACAUGUACUAUGCACUGAUUGAGAAGUACAUACCCCUGGAAUACAGAAAGGAGCUGAUACCAGUUGCUACAGCUGGGAACCAGCCAAACCAUUGCGCCCCCCCCCCUCGGAAUAACCAAAACCAUGUAUAAAAAUGUAAAUUAUAAACUGAAUUCAAAGUUUGUGGAUAAUGGACUCUCUCCAUAUGGUUGCUGGUUGCAGUUUAAAAAAGCACACAAACUGAAACGAGAAAUUCUGAAGAAAUUUGUUUUAAUGUACAUAAGGUUUGCAAUAACACCACGAUGUAUAUCUACUAGGCUGCGUAGUUGUCACGCUAUUUAUUCUUUUGCUGGCGAGUAGACUGUUACUCGCAGUGCUUGUUUUAAAGACAAUGGACACAAUUGGUAAUUUUGAUCUCAGUUGGUCAUCAAAGUUUUGAGAUAAUAAGGAAAGA